AUGGUAAGGCCGUGGAUGUCGUCCACGACCACCAUUCAGCAUUUAUUCACACUUUUGAGUGCAUUUUUUUUCAGCCGAGACCCGCCAUGUUCAAGGUCUCCAAAUCCUACUCUCGCAAACAUGAACGCAAACGCGACGACAACUUUGUGUUGCCCGGCUACAAUGCUCCGCCUCCAAUAAAUCGCUCCGAACAAAUCGAGUACUCUUCGGUGAGGAACGGCCGCUCUCCCGGCCCCUACGGCCGCGAGGGAUACCGGCAAGAGAUCGAGGGCGAACGUUCGUAUCAGGCCGAACGUUCGUUCUCGGGCACCGCCGGAGCAGCCGGCGAACGCGGAGUGCAUGUGGAGCGCUCCUUCAGCGGAGAUCGUGCUGGGUUUGCGGGCGAACGUGCGGGAUAUGAAGCUGCUCGCUCCCAAGGCCUUCGACGCACUGCCAGCAAUGACAGAUACCAUCAAGAACGUGCAUACAGUGCUCAGAACGCGGCCCAGGAACGGGGUUACACCGAGAAUGAGAGGGCUUGGCAUUCCAGUGCCAGCCAUGCCCGCUCUCCCCCUCCGGCCCAUUCCCCUCGCUCAGAACGAGGAGUGUACCAAGCUGGAGGCGGUGGAUACUUUGUCUCGUCUCCUCCACCAUCCAGACUGAGCAGUCGGCAACAUGACACCGCAUACAGCGCCUAUCAUUACAAUGAACGUCAACAACGUGAGGCCAAAAGAGCCGAGUUGAGAGAAGCGGCCAGAGAACGCUACUUUAAGACCAGACAGCCCUUCCAUGAGAAGACUGAAUGGGAGACCAAGGAGCACUACGAGAGGAAGGUGAAGAGAGUCAAGAAGCCUCAAGAACAGAUCAAAUACGUUGUACGUGAGGUCAAGGUAGGUGUGCUGUGCGAUUUACAAGGUGUGAAGUGCUGUGAUAAUAGUCUUUUUGGUAGCCUCUUACAGGUUAAUAUUAAUGUCUAAAAUAGUAUAAUACAACCAGCGAUGUUGAGAACUACCACUAUUCUCUCAUUUUGUGUGAUAUUUUCGUUGAAUUGAGAGUUUUAGGCCAGCGAUGAAGGACAAUAUAAUGGGCCUCCAACGCCUCGAGCGCCGACCCCAACCGGACCCAAAUGGGAUAUCAAUGAGGACGGAAAUACCAAGAGAACUGUCACUGAACGGCAUCAUGUACGGGUGAUAUUACAUCAUAUUGCGCAUGAUGAUCUAAUGAUUGCUGUGAUCUAACAACCAGUCUGACCAAAGUAAUCAAAUUAUUUUAGGAGACUCCUCUCAACAUCCAGAGGCCAAUUCCUCAACAAGAAGUCGUUGCCGACGAGAACUUGGAUACUUUCGACAACCUCAACGAUCUUCCCGAACAAGUUCCACUUCAAGAGCACGAAGAUGAGAUGCAGAGAUUCGAUGAGGACAUCCACACCAAGACCCAGUUCUACGAAAUGGAGGGUAACCUCAACAAGAAGACCGAUGACAUCCUCACCUUCGUCGAGGCCCUCCGCGAAGGCCUUCUGAAUCUGUCUUCAGGCACUGGAGAAUUCCACGAUCUGGUCAGUGGAGCCACAAUCUCGUUGGAGAGAGCGGCCGAACUGGGCUACAUUAAGAGUGACAUCAACGAAAUCUUGAAUGGACGACAUGGAAUCCGUCAUCCAGAGACUCAACAGGAGCUCACUCUGCUCGAGGCCAUCAGAAUCGGACUCUUCGAUCCCGAGAAACGUCAGUUCCGGGAUCUCCAAACCGGCGAGAUCCUCUGGAGUUACGAUCCAGUCUGCAAUUCCGAGACCCAACGUCGUCUCAUCAAAUUGGGCGUCUUGAAGGUACCUCCACUCAGUGUGGAGAAUGCUGUUCGCAAAAACGCGAUUGACUCUCGUACCGGCAUCUUCAAGGGUCAGUAUGCCAAGGAGCCAAUGCCUUUGAGAGAGGCUCUCCAAAACGGGUACCUCCAAUUCGGAUCCGCUUCGCCAAGGGUGGUGGCUCCAUCGUUGACCGACGUCAUCAGAGAGCGUCUCAUCGACCCAGUCCAAGGAAAGUUCAUCGACAAACACAGCAACGAAGAGAUCUCGUUCCGUGAUGCUUGUCGCCGCGGUGGAGAUACCCUCCUCAACCAAAAUGUCCGUGAAGUCGUCAACACCAAAGCCAAUAAGCGGCUCACUUUGGCCGACGCCAUCUACGAGAAGGCCAUCAACCAGAAUGACGGAACCUUCAACGACCUCAGAGCCGGCACUCCUUUGAAUCUCCGCGAUGCAUACGAACGUGGAUUCAUUGGAAAGCCGCUGACUUUAACGGAGGCUGUUGAGAAGGGUCACAUCGACGCAUCCGGCCGUGUUACCGAGCCCGGAACUGGCCAUCAUUACACCUUGAUUGAGGCUUUGGCUCAUGGAGUUUUGGACCCUGACGCCGGACACAUCCGUGACAAGAGCACCGGAGAAGUCAUCAGCGUCGUUGAAGCCCUCGAGAGAGGAUUCUUGCUGCCAGAAGGACAAUUCUCCGUCGAUGGACGCAACGUUGACAUCCGCCAUGCUAAGCAUGAUGGCAUCUUGGUCGGACGUCAUCGUUACAGUAUCUUCGAUGUCCAGGGAAUCAAGAAACAGGGUCGCUCUCUGACCUUCAACGAGGCGGUCAACGAGGGACUUUUGGAUGCCAGAGCCGAGAAAUUGGACGGCAUCAACUUCGCUGGAGCCGCUGACUUCGGAGUCAUCGACCGCAACCUUCAGCGCACCUUGACUCAACCAAUUGGUCUUAAAGACGGCCAUCGUGAGGUGAAUCUUGUUCAAGCGGUUGGAGCUGGACUUAUUGACCCCAAACGAGGUGUUCUGCUCCAUCACGGCCGUGAAUCCAGCCCUCGGGAGCUGUAUGACGCCGGUCUUUUGUCAUUGAGAGGCGCCAUCAAGUUGACCGGACUCUUGGAUAUUCAUCCCGCUUUGAUUACCGGAGCCCGCAAGAUCGAGGAGCAGAAGAGAAGAAUCGGAAAGCCCAGCAAAGAGACAAAGGUCCAGGAUGAUCACAUCAAGUUGACCAUUGAGGAAGCCAUGAAGCAAGGACUUUUGGACACCCGCAAUCAGCGGUUCCGCAACGGAAAGGAAGAGAUCAGUCUGGAUGACGCUCUCAACCGCGGCCUUGUCCAUCUGAAUGACGAAUGGAUCGUGCCCAAGAACCAGGUCUCUCAGGGUGGUCCCACUUUGGAAGAGACGGUCAAGGAGACCCUCACCCACACCCAACAAGAGCUCGCUCCCCAGAUCUUCCCCGACAAAUCGUUGGAAGAGAACGUGGAGACCAAGCGACGGGUGCGACGAACUGAGGCCAAGGCCGAAGGAGGGCCGGGAUCGGCUACUUAUCGUGCCAUUACUGGAGGAAAGGAUGGAACUCAGCCCUUGUCCUUCCGAACUGUUGGACAACCCCAUGUGGAGGAGUCCGAACACUCCUGGGUCUUCGACAGUCAGACUGGCCGUUUGACUGAUGCUGUCACCGGAGAACUGUUGACUUUGGACGCCGCCGUCCGUUCGGGACGUCUUCCCAAAGACGAGCUCAGAGUUCGUGAUGCUCUCUCGGGCCGUGAGAUGAGCUUCGUCGAGGCCGAACAAUGGGGAAUUGUCUCGGCCAAGGAUGGGUUCUACUUGGACAAGACCAACAACAGAAGAGUCUCUCUGGCCGAAGCUGCUCAACAACAUCGUGUGUACCCGACUGGAGGAGUCCCUGAUCACGCUGGAGAUGCCGUUGUCACCAAAGUCAAGGUCCAGAAGAGAGAAGAAACCGCCAAAAAAGAGGCCAUCAAUGCGCGCCCCGAGAUUGAUGGAGAUUACAAUCUGACCAGAUUCCUGGCCAAUGGAUUGUACGAAAAUGGAACCUUCCUCCACCCCGAAACUGAAAAAGAAUUGACCCUAAAGGAACUUAUCCUUCACGGAUUCCUCUCUCCGUAUCAAACCAAGGUUGUUGACAAACAAAAAGGAGAGCAGAUCAACUUGAUGGAAGCCAUCGACAGAAGAAUUGUUGAUGAAGUAGCCGGCACAGUCAAGGACACAAAGACGGGAAGAACCUAUCAGAUCGAGGAGGCCUUGAGAAAUGGACUGAUUAAGGAAGAAGCUUCCAGGGGAGCCAUCGAAGGAAAGGGCGGAAGAUUCGACAUGAACACCGGAGUCUUCCAUCCCCGUCCAAAGAGCUCUCUAUCCAGACAUUCCACUCAUUCCGUCAGCCAACCGCAUCAACAAGUUGUUGAGAUUGGAGGACGAAAUGUUCCCGUGAAUACGAUCAAAGGAGCCGAUGGAGUCGAGAGAGGAGAGUAUGUGGAUCCCCAGACCGGCAUGAAAUUCACUGUCCAAGCAUCGAGCAGAACCAGCAAGCAUUAACCUACCAAUCGACAUCUUUUGUAAGUGAUACUAUCACUUCAAAACUUUUUUUUAACCCUAAACAAUCAACUUCAAACCAAUCCUAAAAUAAUCUCAUUCCAGACGUAA